CGUUUCCAUCUUUUCAUUACAACCUUACUCCUAAAUUUGCACACAAACAGGCAACACGUGAGUCACACUAAUAUUUACACAUUCACUAUAACAAUUUCUUAUGAAGAAUGUACACCUAAUAAAAGAACAUCUACGCGCAUACGCACACGCUCUAUUUACUGUAUGUUUAACAUUCCUCGUACACUCGCCGAACUUGCAGAAUUCAUUACAAAGAAUUAGUCGUCAAAUUGUCACGAUCAGUGUCCUUCCAUUAAAACUCGUACCAACUCGCAGAACAUGUCGCUGCGUUGUUUUCAUUUGUCAUUCGUAACAAAUGACGAUAGCAAGGCGAGAGCGGUCGCUAAUAAAUGAUAAAUUGCUUUGGUUGUGAUCAGUCUAUAGUGGCUGUUGUCAUUAACACAAAUUAAAUGCUUAUACUCACUUCUCUGUCAUAAAACGUCAGAUUACAGAGUGCAUUCAUUUGAGUGAUUUGGACUUCUGGGAUUUUCGUGUUAUUCAGUCGAUUAGCAUUUUGCGAAUAUUGUUUGCUGUGGCACAGUGUUUUAAAAAGUUCGAACGUUAUGAUUUUGUAGGUUUCAUGUAAUUUAAACUUGGCUCGUGAUUUUUUAUUCAUUCUUUAAUAUCAGAGCCAGAUAACAUUUUUUGGAUACCUAUGACGGACUGUUAGGUGAAGAUUCAGCUAGAUGAUGCAAAGUGUAUUGUGCAUUAAAAUAUUUGGCUUUGACAGUUGUUGGUUCCGCAGUGAUAACAGAAUAGGUAUUGCUAUGAAUGGAACUAUCUACCAUGAGAGACAGGUGAAGGAAUUGUGUGCCCUUCAUGCAUUAAAUAAUCUGUUUCAAGAAUGCAAUGCAUUCACAAAAUCAGAACUAGAUGGAAUCUGUUACUCAUUGUCGCCAAAUGUUUGGAUUAAUCCUCACAAAUCAUUUCUUGGGCUUGGAAAUUAUGAUAUUAAUGUCAUAAUGGCAGCUUUGCAACGUAAAGGCUGUGAAGCAAUUUGGUUUGAUAAAAGAAAAGAUCCUAAAUGUCUAAAUUUAAUAAACAUCCUGGGUUUCAUAUUGAAUGUUCCAAGUGACUACAAACUAGGCUUUGUGCUGCUUCCUCUUCGUCGCCGUCACUGGAUUACUAUUCGCCAGAUUAAUGGAGACUAUUACAACCUUGACUCAAAAUUGGAAUCUCCUCAGCUAAUUGGAAAAGCUCCUGAUCUUAUUGCCUAUUUACAAGAACAAUUGGAAUGCAAAGAAAAAGAACUCUUUGUUGUUGUGUCAACAGAAGUAGAAGAAAAUCAAGGCUGGCUUGUGAACUCUGCAACUGCCAUUGAUGGCCUAAGUGUCUGCACCAACUCUGGUGUUAAGGAUGAUGAACAAGAUCCUAUUUUUAACCCCUUAAUAAAAAUGUGUAGCAUUCCAAAUAAUGUUGCGGGAGGCUCAUCAAGAACUAUUGUACCCAGUGCAAAAGAAAAUCUUCAAAUCAAUAUACAUGACAAGACUAAAAGUAACAAUUGUGAAAUAAUCUCACAGCAUGCGUUCUGCAAUUUGAAACCAGUUGCUUCCAAUUCCAUUGAAAACGAGGAAAGAUAGUGGUAAAUCUUUCAAAUAUGUUAGCUUUACUGUACCAAGUUGACUCAAAUUACAGAGAUAUGUAUGUAUUUCUUCAGCCAUCUGAAAUUGUACAUUACGCACUUCUAAAUCCUUAUUACUAUUGGUGCUUGAUGUAAAUGUAUUUCAGAGCCCAUGUGCCUCCAUUCUAGCUCAUAUUGGGAUUUAUUUAGCAGUUUUCUAUUUUACAUCAGUUUCAGAAAGAGUCUCAUUUUCUUGGUGUUAAUAAUUUAAUGUUUUUAUUUUUACUGAAGAGUUUUGUUUAUGGAUAAUGAAACUUCUAAGAAAGGUGAGAUUGAUGAAACAUAGCGUUUGCUUUUUCUGGGAAAAUUCUAUUAAAAUAAACAGUUGUUCAUAAAAAAAAAAAACUUGCAGUUGCUAUAUACUCAGUAAAUUUUUGUUUUCUUACCCUAAUUAAGUACUACUUCAAGUUGACAUUGAGAAAUAAAACCACUUCAAUUCAAUUUUAUGAUUGUUUAUGUAUUAGCAUAAAUGUUAGUUAAGAAAGUACAUGCAUUUUGUUUGUUGCUGAAAACGUUCCUGAUGUCUUAGUACUUAUUGCACAUAAACUGUAAACAGAAGAAAGCACAUUAAAUAAUUUAUGAUUUCUGUGCUCUGGUGGCAAAAUGUUUCAUUUCCUUAACAAAAAAAAGUGAGUUUUUCACAUUCCAGUUUAUAGUUAAAGUUUAGAAGGUGAUAUAAUCUGUUUCUCUUGUAAUUUAUGAGAAAACAACAGUGGCAAAUUGGCAUAAGAUGAAAGCCACAAAGUUUUUUCAUGACAUUUUGAAUCUUGAAAUUGAUGUCAUGUACAAUUAAGAAGAAACAUGUUUUGCCAACUUAGCACAGAUUUAUAAUGAAUUAUUAAUGUUAACUGUUUGAAGCAUUAAGGUAUUUAAUGCUUGUUUGUAACGAAUUCAGACAAUUAUAAUUCAUUCAAAAUAUUCCCGGAUGCAGUGAAUUUGUGGAACUGAGAAUAAGGGUCCUUGCACAAUAGCAUCAUGUUGACAUGUGUUAAGUAACGCACACCUUAGAACAACACUAGUUUAUGCGAAACAGCCCACGAGCGCUUCAGCUGUUCCGCAUAAAAUGCAGUUAAUCUAUGAGGUUACUUAUCGCCUGUCUAUGCGCCGCUCGUAUGACACAGGCCUUACAUUGGCAGCAAGAAAGUAGAAAUUAACUAUAUAUAUAUAUGAAUGUGCCAACAAUAUAAGACUUCUCUUCAAUGAUAUUUAUUUAUGAAAUGGUGUGAAAAUAUUAACACUGUGUGUUAGGCAAACACACAUCUUUGCUAGUUAUCACCUAAAUACUCUACAGUGUAUCAUUUUCAAUGUUUCAAAAUUUUUGUGAAUAAAAUAUCUAUACAAUACUAAUUAUUCUAAGAAUGUAUAAUGAACAUAAUUAAAGAUACAUAAAUAUUUUUUUUUACUCACAUAUGGUCAAAUUUAUAUCACAGAAGUUGUAUUUGAAAUAUCUGCAUGUGAAGCAUUUGAAUUGUUCCUACUGAAAUAAAUUAGUUUGUAAGUGGUUUGAAUGUGUAUAUGUAUAUGAUGAUGUUGCACGAACAGUGAUGCAUCUGUGCAAUCAUUGUGAAAUGUAAGUUUGUCAUAACUUUUCCUCCCACUUUUUUUUCUUGUUUAUUCACCCAAGUCACUUAAGAAAAAAAAGAAACGAAACAAAUUCAUUUAACUUAUUAGUAUGCAAAAGAACAUGUUACUGUCAAAAAAAUGGAGUAAUUCAUGCAUUGUUUUGUUUUUUAACUGAAAUUCAUUUUUUCUAUUUCCUACACAAGUACAGAUGUGGAAGUUAUGUUCCAACCAGUACAAUGUAUUUUACC